AUGGUGACUUAUGAGUUGCUACAGCUUAUUGAUUUGAUUUAUUUGUCUUUGUUUUUAGAUCGAAAAAACAAUAUUGGUGACGGUUACAUCAAAGAUUUGGCUAGAGAAGUGCUCCAAUAUUUACCUGAAUUUUCAGAUCCUGAGCAUGAGGCACACUGUUUAGUUCAAAAGCAUGAACAGAUUGACAGAAGCCGUGAAAGAGAAGAGAUAGUUCGUUUAUUAGAAGAUCAAGACACCAGCAAUCCUGGCCCUGUGUCAAUUGUUCCUGUUCUUGGUAUGGCUGGCUUUGGUAAAACAUCUCUUUCAAUGCUUGUCUAUCAUGACAUAAGAAAUCGAAAGAGUUUUGAUUGUCAAAUUUGGAUUGACGUCUCUGAAACCCAUAGUAAUAAUUUGUUGCAGAUAGUUGAGAAUGGCCUUAUCAAGAAGACUGUAUCUUCUUUUAGUUUGCAGAAAAAUUUUCAAGACCAAAAAUACUUAAUCAUUUUAGAUGAUUUGUCUCUACUUGAUCCUAGGAAAUGGGUUGAUUUAUUUGAACCUUCGUUGUCUGCUUCUGUUAACUGUAAACAUGGUAGCAAAAUACUCUUCACUUAUAGGUGCACAUUGAAGAAUAAAGAAAACUAA